AUGGAUGCAAGCGCUGCGUCCUCAAGUCGACAUGACAGCAAGACGCUGCGAGGGACCUUCCAGCUCAUGACUUGGACCUUCAGUUUGAACCAUGCCACCAUGACCACGCUGAUGAUGUACGCAAGUUCAGCCCUGGGCCGUGUCAAUGGGAACCUCUCCAAUGCUUUGCUUUUCUCGGUCAGCCUGGCAACCUCGCUGGGUCUGGCUCCUGUGAUCGUGAACACUUUCGGCCAGAAGAGAGGUCUUUUACUUGGGCUUGUUGGAUGUACCACCUACGUGCUCUUCUUCGUUCUCGCAGUGUUUUUGAGUACUUGGCGCCACAGAGGAAUUGGAGGCUGCCAAAGCAACAGUGAAGCCAUGCUGGCUUUUGUCGGGGCAGGAUUUGGUGGGCUCGGAGCUGGGCUCCUUUGGCCGAGCCAAGGGGCAUUCUUCUCCACGGUCGUGCAAGAGCUACAACGUGCCGAGCCAGCCACCGGGACGCGUGAGGAGGCAUUGUACCACCUGACAAGUGAGCUCUCGUCCUCCUUCGCCUUUGGUUUGCUGGCAGCCGAGUGCGGAAUCAAGCUUAUGAUGGCAGUGUUGCUCACCUAUGUGAAAGUGGAGCUAUGGUCAUCUUGGGUGUUCCUGUCCGCGCUUGUUUUGGCCGUCCUUGCUAUGGCAGCCUUUACCAAGAGCCAGAAGAUCCACUCCCAGCAUGCUGUCAGGCCCGUUUGCGAAAGCACAUGGGAUGCCCUGAGACUGUGGGGAGAUCCCAAGAUUUGGCUUUUGUCAAUGACCAACCUAUCAUUCGGCUUUUCCGUUGCGUGGGUGAAUGGCUAUGUGAAUUUGCGCUGGCACGAGGCAACUGGAGAUCUCCACUUACUUGGUUUUGCUGGUGCUCUUACUACUGGCGUCGCUGGCGUUGUUUCAAAGCUUUCAGUCAGACCUUUGGCUUGCGGCAAAGGUGUCAUGCUUGCGCUUGGAUCUUUCUGCUUCUUGUCGAUCGGCUUGGUGAGUAAGCUAUCGGAGCCUAACAGCAAGCUGGGAUGGAGCAUAUGGCUCCUGCUCCUCCAUGUUCUGCACGGAGUGGGCAGAGGUGUCUACGAAGGAACCGGCAAGGCAGUCUUCGGUGACUUCUUUCCUGGUGAUAAAUGUGUGGGUGCUUUUGCCAAUGUGCUCGUGCAGGUAUCCGCUUCUUCCAUUAUUGGAUACAUUUUAGCUUCGACCGGCUGGAAGGACGCCACGUACAGCCUCUUGGUGGUCUCUGCUGCCUUGAUGCUUCCAUUUUAUCUCCUGGCCGGCCGGUUGGAAUGCCUCAGGAGCGGCUUUGAUGACUCAGGGAAGGACUUGGAAAGGGCGCCAAGCGAUCGCUAA